UCGUGAACUGCAUAUUUCGAUAGCGAUACAACGUCGCUUCGACCUUAAAAGCACUGUUGAGAUAGUUAAGAGCAUACGGUGAUAGCUAAAAAAAAAAAACAAAGUGUUCUCUUCGAACGGAACCUAGACAAUAUUUGCUAAAAGAAAACAAGUGGACGCAAGUACAUCAACUCAAUUCAAGACCGGAGUGAGUGAGAGAUGACCCUGGUCCUGUCGAUGAAUCCGUUCUGCGACCACGCCGCCUCCGAAGGGGACCCUGCGCUCCCGCAGUACCAGCCCAUCUGGGAGUCUGAGCGGUGCAGCAAGAGCUGCGUCUCCAGCCCCUCGCCAUUAGAGUGCGCCGUGGAGCAGCUGGCUAAGGAGCCCCACUGCAGAAGGCCGCCUGAUCAUGUGACCACGUCGAGGAUCGCCUACUUUAAAAGGAAGUAUGUGGAGGACGAGGACCCCCACCUGUGCUUCAGGAACUAUUGCCAGACAGUGGCGCCAGUACUGGAGGAACGCGCCCACGUGCUGCGCCUGUCCCUGGAGAAGAUGCGCUUCAUCGAUGACCCCGAGGCCUUCCUGCGGCGCUCCGUCCUCGUCAACAACCUGCUGCGCCGCCUGCGCGCGGAGAUCCUCCUGCAGAGCGAGUGGUGCUUCCCGCCGGGGCCCGCCCCUGUCCCCGCCCCCGCUCCCGUGUGCCCCUGGGAGGUCCAGCAGCCGCCCCACCCCUGCUUCACCCCGCAGGGGCCGUACCGCAAGCGCUUCCGGCUGAUCCGCGGAGAGGCCCCCGAGUGCCUGCAGGCCUGCUGCUGCUUCUACGGAGGCCGCUACUUGCGCCUGCCCAUCUCCAUCUACGAGGAGGAAGCCUCGUCCUCUCCUUCCUCCUCUUCCUCCUCUUCCUCCUCCUCCUCCUCCUCCUCCUCUCCCUCCUUCCCUCAGCUGCUCCCAGUGGAGGGCAGGGAAAGCCGACUGGACUCUAUUUACCCCGGCCUGGACCUGCCAGAGGCAGGGAGACUGGCAGCGGCAACGGGGGCCAAAGAACGCCCCCGGCAGCGGGACAGAAGCGCCUCCUGGGAAGGGGAGCACGGGCAAAGGAAGGGAGCGGACAGGCAGGAGAGGGGCGAGUCGGCGGGUCACUCGUGCUGGAGCUCGGACACCGAGGAGCCAGGGCAGGAGCCCGCCAGCUGGGCCCAGAUGGGCAGGAAACUGUAAGAAAGCAGUUGCCAAGGAAACGGGCUGAGAAGGAUAACGUCAACGUGCUGGGGAAGACAGCGGUGUCAUGCGAAUUGCUGGACCCCUUCGCCAGGCCUGUAAUUAAAUCACAAAACGUCCACCCACCCACCCAUCAGAAAUUGCUAGCCUGGUGCUAAUCACAGUUCUUUAACUUGUCAAAGGGCAGUUUGUUUUUCCCCAAACUUCUGCCUGCUGUUAAUGCUGUUUUUUCAUUUGUGAUUAGUGGGUGGGUCAGUUUUCAUGUUUGGUGUUUUUUUCUUUAAGUCAGGCCCUUAAUUUCUUUUUUAAUUCCUUCGGAGUCUGCUUUCACUGCAUCGGUAAGCUCCUACAGUUCAUCCCUUCAACAAUCACAGUGGGUGUUCCACAUGGUAAGCCAUGGGAGUGAAAAGCCCAUGUGGGUCUAAGGCUCGUAUUAGUAUGUAUCAGUCUGACCACCACGCAGCGUCAUUGAGCAGACUCGAGACGUUGAGUUUCCCCGGAGUGAGAAACACACGGUGCCUUACUUUUCUAAUGUUUAUAGAGCUCAUCUCGCUCUUACAGCUCAGUGUCUUGAAUCCGACUCAAUGCGUCAUGGUACUAUUGGGCGAGGCAAAAUGGUUUAAAUGAGAUGCAGGAAAAACAUGCGGUUCGGCAGGAGAUUCGACCAUCACUCACGCGCUUCAAACCAGAACAUUGUUGGGACGGCGCUCCCGGCCCCCGGCUCACGGGGGGGUGCCUGCCUCACAGCUUGCAUUCUUCCUCUCCCUGUCACUCGGCGCAUUUCUGCUAACCAAGGCUGAUGUCUCUCCAGCUGGAGAAAAAGGACUGCCCAAACGGCCUCAGAGCUCCGUAAAGAAAAAAAAGGUUGAGCUUGACGCUUGCAGAGGACACGGCUGACGCGUACUGUAAUAUACCCUCCCUCUGAAAGACCUUCACAUGCAGCAUCGCCAUCCCUCUGGUGGCAUCGCGGUCACAAUGCACGGCUCAGCUCAGAUGCAGGAUUUCUCUCAGUCACAUGGCGCAGUGGGUCAUUUGUCACUAUGACCAAAUCAGAGUGCUCUUUAAGUCCCUUUUUUCCCCUCUGACAAGGUACAAAUGGAAGUACCCUCAUAUCAAAGUGUUUUUAGCACAUCGUUUGUUUCGUCAAUUGCCUUCUGUGGUCCUGUUUUUUGUUAUUUACCAAGAACUUUCUAGCAUUACAAGAAACAAGAAACCCUUACAAAGAGCAAUACAACAGUGUCAGGAUCUGAUACAACCAUUAAA